AUGGACUCACUCGGCCCGCAACAAGAGGUGCAACGCCUCCAAGACAAGAUCGAUAUCGAAGCCAAGAUCAAGGAUGGGGCAGAAAACUUGCUCAGCGUCUUUGACCUCAAACUUGCUUCCAAUGCUAAACAGCAUCUUCGCAAACAGAUCCAGUCCGAACUCGACUCGGCCAACAACAAGAUCGCUGCACUCACUUCCCAACUCGAGCGAUGGCGACACAUUCAAGCCACAACUUGGCCAUCAGCUCCCUUUAGCUCAUCAUCCUCUCACCCUCAAUCCAUUUGGCACAUUCCAGCUUCCACUGUCUCGCGGCUCGAACAGUCUGCUCUAGGCUAUGAAGGUCAACCUCUCUUUGGCAAUCAAGCAGGCCCAAGUCGACCUCCUGUCCAUCACAAUACUAGCUGCCACAUCUUUCCCAGCCAUCUCGACCCUAACAAUGCAUCUCCACCUUCCACCAACUGCUUCAAUGAUCUGCCUGCUGCUAUCCACCCUUCUGCUCCAGCUCCUUUGGGCGGUCUAGGUAUAGGAGGGCUUGAAGGACACGCUCCCCUCACAUUGCCUCGUGCACCUUUAAUAGCACAGCCUUUGCACUCGCAUCGACCGCCGCCACUGCUCUUCGAUCGCUCAUCAUCAGAUCCAGCCGCACGUCCAUCCGCCGCUUUCGCACAGCCCUCCAGCUCUGGCUCUGGCUCUGGCUCUAGACAUGCGCCAACGACCGACAGAGAUGUCGAAGAUGCACGUGCUUCCAGGUCCCUUGCUCUCAUGCUCAUACGUUCAUUGCAACCUUCAUCGCCCUUGCCACCUCCCGUCAAGCUUCCAACACUCUCAGAAGAUGCCUCAUCGCCCUCACCCAGCUCGUCUUCUCCAAAACCGCUACCAGGCAACGCCAACGAUGCCGCAGCUGCAGGCGAUGCAGACUCGCCGCUCAACAAGAAUCUCGCCCUCCCGCGUAUGGCUAGACGCACUGCUGCUCGUUCCAGAGCUGCUGCCAUCACCUCUUCACAUGCUCGCACUCCUAGCAAUGCAGAAGGUCUCGGCGACCAAGCCAAGCAUCAGAUUGACCAAAUCAAUCGUCUCGUCGACAUCCUCAAACGACAUGCUCGUGUACGCUACGAGCUGCCUCUUGACGACCUCGUCGAUGCUGCUAUGCCAAACCUUUGCGACCGUGCAGGCAAAGAGAUCCGUGCUGCCACUUAUCGCCUUCUCCGACAUGCACUCGUUCAGCCGCUAUGGCCACUCGUCUCGCGAUGUCGACACAAGGGGCUUGACAUCUAUCUCUCGCGCACACUCAUCCGUGACAAUCGCUUUGAGCUCGAAAAGAUCCAGGCGAUCAAGCUCAUACGUGCUAUCAUCGAGUUGGCAGCUCUCCCCUCUAUCAGCACAGCACCCGAUCGUCUGGCGCUAGACUUGCAAGAUCUCUUGGCUUCCGGAGUGGUAAGAGCAUUGGCAGCAGUAGCAGAGCAUGCAGAGGACAAGCUUCGUCACAUCUCUCUCGAAACUCUGGCAGAACUAGCCGUCUUGGAUGUCCGCCUACUCAUCAAGGGAGGUGGUUUGCGCUCCACCUUGCAGGCUCUCACCGAAGGUCCGACCGACUUUUCACCCACGCUCGUACAAGUCUUUAUCUAUCUCGUCGACAUGCCUGCCACACGCCAACACUUGAGACCUGGUGUUGAUCUGGAGAUCGCCCUUUCCCGCUUCACAGAGUCUCCUGUCCAGAAACCGAUCAGCUACGAUGAGUUGCUUCGAUGCACCGCUUCGGUCGUCACCGUGUUGCUUCGCUCCUGGGCAGGUCUCAUCUACUUGUGCAUGGACGACAAGCGUGCCAUCAAGUCACUGGUGCAAGCGCUGCGGGUCAACACUGUUCAAGUCAAGAGUGCGCUCCUAGAUAUGCUCUACGACCUCUUCAAUGUGCGAGGUGCUACCGGUAGCGUCGAUCCAGCCAGCAAGCGAGAGAGCAGUCACAAGGCCCCAUCCUCCUCACCACGCCUCGAUACGGAAAGGACCAGCACCCGAAAUUCUAGAAACAUGGCGCCGCUCGGAGAACUGGGCGAUCAGCCACGAAGCAGGCUCAACCUCGUCGACCAUUACCUUGCCCUUCUGCUCGUAGUCUUUCUCGACUCGGGCUUGGUCGAUGCUCUGAUCGACGUGAUCGAGCAUGCUCCUUCAAUGGCAAGGAAAGCAACGAUGCUCAUGGGUGAGCUGCUCCAAGUCUCGAAGCGUGUUCAUCCUCCAUCCAUGGGUGGCAGCAUACAUUCGCUUCCUCGGCUCUUCUCGCUCGCUGCCGACUUCAGACUCGACAAGAGCGACGAGAGGCAAGCAGCUGCCAGCGCACUCUCUUCCAUCGACGUGGCCAACCGACAUCGUGCACACCACGAAGCCAUCACCAGCGCAGCAGCUCUCAGCGGCACCGUACAGACCACUGCCAGGGAUCGUUCCAACUCGCUCGAAGAGUCGAUGCGUAGAGGCCAGAGGCAAGUCGAAAAGACAAAGAUGCGUAUGGGCAUGCAGAUUGACGAUCUCCAGUUCCGCAAUAUGAUGGUCGGCACACAGAUCCUCGUUACCAAGGAUCAUACAAAGUGGAACCUCGAUACGCUCACCGAGAUGUUGGAAGGGCCUCUGCUCAAUCCGAAGCGGCUUGAUGAAGUGGCUAAGGGUACCAAGCUACUCAAGCGCCUCUUGGCCUUCUAUCAUCCUUUCGCACUUCGCUUCGCGAGCAUUCGUAAGCUUAAUGCGAAUCGACGCUUCGUGAGGCUUGGUUGCCUCUUGCUGAGCACACUAGCCUCAACACCAGAAGGCGUACGCGUGCUUAGUGAGGACCGCUUGCUGCGCGAGAUCCGUGAAUGCCUCGAUCAGCUCGACCCACUGUCAGGACAGUCCGGCUCGGAUCCGCUGCUCUCGCGAAAGCGUAUGCAGGAGACGCUCACCUCGGGAUACUUUGAGAUGAUUGGUGUUCUCACUCAGUCAGCAGAGGGCAUCCGUCUGCUGGAACGUUUCAAGAUCUUCACGCCCUUGUACCACCUCAGCGAGCUACGAAGCAGAGACGACAUUGUCAAGGCGGUCAUCGAGAACGUCGACUACAGCAUCGACGGACAUUCAAGGAUCAUCUUGGCGAAAGCACUCACUUCAAGCUAUCGUGACGUUCGUCUCUUUGCGACUCGCCAUCUGGCCGAGCUCAUCCGACAGCAGACCUUGCCAGCCAAUGCCAAGAAUGGGUCUGAUGCGCAAAGCGACUGGACAAUCAGCCUUUUGCUCACCCAGCUUUACGACCCGUCAGUGGAUGUGCGUCAGCUUGCGACCAAAGUUGUCGAAGAGGCUUGCGCAUCGAGUCACAUUCUCGAGAAAGUAGUCUCGAUGCGGCCUACACUCGAUCACCUGGGGGAUCUGGGUCAUCCAUUGCUACUCAAGUUCCUUUCGACAUCCGUCGGCAUACGUUACCUCUGGCACGGAGAAUAUGUGGAUCGCGAGAUGGAUGAGUGGUUUAAUGAACGCAACCAGUGGUAUGUGGUCCAAGUCGAGGUGAUGCUAGCAGAAUUCUUCAGCAUUUAUCGCAAGUCAUCUGGCAGUGCUGGUGCUGGUCACUCAGCCACCCAAUCGAAUGGCGCCUUUGCCUUCGCACCGCCUCCGUCAGUCGGCACUGAUGCACUGCACGACGGUAUAGUGCCACCGCACUUCUACGGAGAACUAGCCAAGACACGCGAAGGUUGCCAAAUCCUGCAGCAAAAAGGCCAUUUCGCCGAAUUCGCACACUUCAUCCGACAACACUCGGACGAAGCCUCGGACAGCGAACUGAUCAACAAACUCAAAAGCGUCCUAUGGGCCGUCGGCAACAUUGGCGCCAACGAGCUCGGCCUGCCCUUUUUAGAAGCCGAAGAAGUUGUUAGCCAAAUCAUCGAAAUCGCCGAAACUUCAGCGGUCCUCUCGGUUCGUGGUACAUGCUUCUUCGUACUCGGUCUGAUCUCCUCUACCAACUCUGGUGCAGAAGUAUUGCAGGACUACGGCUGGCAAUCCGUUUGCACACCCUUGGGAGCACCGAUGGGUCUAUGCAUACCCGACGACAUCAACCGUCUCAUGUCAUUACCGCGAUGGAAGGUCGACAAGGUACCAGAUCUCAGCUAUCUCGAGCUAGCCGAACCAGAAACGCUAGUGGUCAAUAAGAUCAUCACUUCGAUCGCAAACUUGGGCAACUCAAUCUUAGCAACCAACGCUUCCCGAUCGUUGAGCAAGUUGAAAGCGAAACACAAGUCAGCGUUCAAGGAUAUGUCCGUGUUGGCCAGGGCGCUGGAGUUGAUGGAUCAUUUUUACUAUCGCCUUUCGGUGCGAAGGUAUAUUUGGGAGCUGUUCGAUGUGAGUUUGGAUGAAGAUGUGAUACGUGAGGUUCAGGCGAGUAGGCAGAGGUUGAUUGAGGCUAAGCGAUUCCGAGCUGCGCAGCAGCAGAAUAGUUCUCAAAGGCAGGGAGGUGGGUCUGUAGAUGCAUCAACGCACGGGUUAAAUGGCACAACACGGCACAAUGGAGUAGCUCAUAGUCGAAAGCAACAUCAGCAGCAACCACCAGCACUCAGCGCUUUGGCCGAUGAUGACGACGAUGCAGCCUCGCAUUCAGAUUCAGAUCAAGACUCGGCUGGACCUCGCUCCGCACGUCCAAGCCGAACUGCGAGCAAGUACGACCAUGAAGCUGAUAGUGACGAGGAGCAAGACGAGGUCGGGCUGUCAAGCAACAUGUCAUCCGACGACGAAGCGAGUGAUACAUCGCAACAAGAUGCUAGUAAGCCGAUGCUGCAUCCAGUUGCUGCAGGAGAUGAACAUUUCGCCGCCACAGCCACAACAGCGCCUGGUGUCGCUGUAGCAGCGAGACGGCCCAGCAUGCGCUCUUCUACGGUGAAAGGAUACUGGACCGGUGAUGGUGGUGGUGGUGGUAGUAAGGAACCUCUGGAAGCGGAAAAAGUUGUGGCUGCCCCUGCGAAAAAAAUUGUUGGAUUUGGAGUUGAGGAGCUCUAA